AUGCCGAGACCCAAACGACCAGGCGCGCCUGCACCUAAGCCCAGAAGUCGACAUGGAUGCUGGCCUUGUAAAAGACGUAAGAUCAAAUGCACCGAGGAAAAGCCAUCUUGCGCAAAUUGCCUGCGCCAGGGGGACACGUGCGACUAUAGCAUUCGCCUGAAUUGGGAAGGUCGCACCAAGAGGAAGGCUUCCGAAUCGUUGACCCCGACUUCAGGGUUUAUGUCGUUCGCAACAAACCCAGAGCCGUCCGGUCUGGUUUCUGGAACUGAGCUGGCAUCUCCAACCGAUCUGCCUCUAGGAAUAAGGGAUGAGUGGUCUUCAGCUUCAAGCCCCUUUACCAAUAGUACUGGCAACACAUGGAUUCCCUCCGGCUCACCCCCAUCGGUUCCCACUCAGUCGCCGCCUACAGGACCCGAGGACCACCAACUCGUAGCUGCACAGCAUGACCUUUCUACGGAGGGCCCAUUCAUACCAUCUACGACAGUGCAUGAGACUUUCCGGCAGUAUUCACCACCAUUCGUAGCCCCGGUUUCCUCUGGCCUUGAUUCUGUCGGCUUAGGGUUUACCGCUCUUUCGUAUGGAUUCGAGAGCAAUGCUGUUUCUCAACCAGUCUCUUUUCUCCGCGAUACAUCGACAGAAGGGUUGUCGACUGAGGGGAUGUACAGCCCUAAGCGUCCCCGGAGGCAGGGUGAUCGUUCAAGCCAUGCUAAGUAUCACGGCCAAACAUCGCUUGACCAGGAUGCUGGUCGAAUGUCAGUAGGCUUUUUGUCUCGCGGCAGUGACAUCACUUUCGAGUCUCCAGACAGACGUCAACCGAUAGUCACUGGCCACGAAAUAUUCUAUGGGUAUGACUGCGGCACUCCCGAUUAUGAUUUGCCUAAGAACAACGACGCAGAAGCCAUUGCUCCGAUCAAUCCAUCCGAUGAAGUUAUUGAUGAAGACCCUAUAAGCCCUGCAUCAGAGCCGACGCCCACUGGUUCUAUCCAUGUUCGUCGAAGGUCGUCGUUCACUACCGGCGGUGGUUACUAUAUCACCCCUGUUCGAGUCAAAAUACCCAGAAGGAUGACACCGUUGCCAUCUGCCUUACUGGAGAAUCCGAUGAAUCUGCUAUAUUUCCAUCAUUUCAUUGACCAUACAGCGCGAAUUUUAGUUCCUCAUGACUGUGAUCGGAAUGGGCUGUUGAACAUUCUACCUGCGAUGGCCAUUACCGAUCCAAACCUUCUCAACCUAAUGUUGGCGUACUCGGCAAGUCAUCGAGCCCGCUUUCUGCGUCACCCAGAACCGUCCAAUCGCAUAGCGCAUUGGGUCAGGGAUGUCUUUCCUACCUUGCGGCACGCCCUGAACGAGCCUGACGAAAAUGUGACUGAUAGCCAUUUGGCAACUGCAAUCAUGCUUGUGUCUUUGAAAAUCGUGUCUCCAAGCACUUUCGAAGUACCCAUUCCAUGGCAGACUCACCUCAAACUCGCAAGGGAUCUUUUUAUUGCUCGUGGUAUCCAUCUUCACUGCCAACCGGAAAACAAAGUAGCCUGGUUCCUUGGACAAUGGUUCUGCUAUCUAGACAUUUUCGGAAGUCUGUCUUGUCGAUACAGUGGCGCUCCCGUACUGCAUUCCAACCACUGGCCGAUAUCAGCGGGCCAGGAACAUUCUGACAACCCAUAUCAGGAGGACGAAGCUAAUGAUGAGCACUACCGAGUUGACUGUUUCAACGGGUACACGCGUCCGACGGGGGCACACUUGGCACGUCUGGCACAUUUGACGCAUCGCUGUGACAACGAGCGGUUUGACGAGGUUGGGAAUUUCAGGACAGAUUGGAGUCCAUCUCAUGACGUAAUUCAAGCUGGCCAAUCUCUUUUGGAGGACAUGCGCCGAACGAGACAGCAUGGUCACGUACCGGGAACCCAUCAUACGGAGCUGGAGGACAACGAGAUGAUAGCGAUCGAUAUGGCAUUCCACUGGUCUGCUGUCCUUCACAUCCACCGCCGCGUAUUGGGCAAUACAGGCUACUCAGCAGAGAUCCAUGAAGCAGUCGACAAUCUUUGCAGCGCUAUUGCCAGGAUCCGUUCAGGAAGUUCGACAGAGUGCUCAGUUCUCUUCCCGCUGUUUACGGCAGGAUGCGAAAGUCGGGAUCCUCAGCAACGAUUAGAUAUUAUGACGAGAGUAAUGAAUUUUGAGACAGAGGGACUCAAACAGUUCAAAAAUGCGCGCAAAUUGAUGCAACGGUGUUGGGAAGAGGAUUUGCCGUGGAUGGCGCUGGCCCAUGUCCCAUCGCAUAUCUCGUCGCCAGAGUUCACUAUGUCAACGGGUCGCGCCGUGUCGCACGGCCGGGGGGGCGCUGGAAACAUCCACACCAACGGCACAGCAACCACAGCCGCCGACCUGGUCACCCCCACCAUCAAACAAGAGUUUUUCACAACCGGCCGCGGCGGCACAGGAAACAUGAUGUUCAACGACAAGGAUCGCCCGGAGCUGGCGCGCGGCAGCCAGGAUGUUGAGAAGCCGCCCAAACGAUCGGAGGAGAGUGUGCAGUUCACUGGUCGAGGUGGCGUCGCGAACGCAGUCAUCCCAACAGUCGAAGAGCAGAAAGCGAAACGUACCGCCGCCGACCCUCAGCCUGAGCGAGUGCCGAGUCAGGAGCGGCCCAAGGAGGUUGCUGGUGGGAAGACUAAUUAG